AUGAAUGCAUUCGCAGCCUUUGCACUUCUAGCAACUGUCAUUAGGAAUACCUACGCUCUUCCAAGGAUAUGGUAUACUCCCAGUGACAUUUUCCCUUUCGGCCACAAGUGCACAGAACAUCCGAAGGAGGCAUACGGCUAUGCGCCCCAUCAUAAGACUCCGAUUGACGACCCGGAAAUAUCUUUCAUAUUUCGCGACCCAAAAGGCUCAGUGAUAAAAAGCUUUUGCCCUGGAGCGAUCUACCAUAUUCAGUGCCUCCUGCUUCUCUUCUUCCUGAAAGACCUAAGCCCCUGCAUGUAUAGCCUUCGGGGCCCGCUGUCCUUCUCAAAUCCCAGGCUGGCACUGCUGACCGCCUCGGAAGGGACGUUCCUGAAUCCGUACUACACGGGGCCCAAAUGUCCUAAUCGGGUGGACCUGGGAGGCUCAGACCCGUCAAACGUGGCAUAUUCGUAUGACAUUACUUUCCAGGCGCCCUGUAGCGGCUUCACCGCAGGGAACGGCACUAAUGCAGCGACCUCCGCCAGCGGCUCCGAAACCACUCGGGCUCCUGGACCCUCCGAAUCCGUGCGGAGCAGCGUUACCUUCAAAGUGACCUCCGCGGCCCGAAUCCCACGAGCCCAGUGGCGCCAAUCAACCGCGACCAUGCGUCUGCAGGAAUCCUGCGUUGCUGCGGCAUGGUCAAGAACACUCCCCCGAAGGGGGCUGCCACGCCGCCGCCGCCGCUUGCCUCAGCUGCAGAGCCACCCACAGAAAUCGUGA